AUGUCUUCUGGUUUGGUCUUGGAAAAUACGGCACGUAGAGAUGCCCUAAUCGCUAUCGAAAAGAAAUACCAAAAAAUAUGGGCUGAAGAACACCAAUUCGAAGUAGAUGCUCCUUCUAUCGAGGAUGAGCCCAUUACAAUGGACUCUGAAGAAUUGCACCGCAAGUAUCCCAAAUUCAUGUCAUCUAUGGCAUAUCCUUACAUGAACGGUGUUUUGCAUGCCGGCCAUUGUUUCACUCUUUCUAAGGUUGAAUUUUCUAUUGGUUUCGAAAGGAUGAACGGUAAGAGGGCUUUGUUCCCAUUGGGUUUCCAUUGUACAGGUAUGCCAAUCUUAGCUUGUGCUGAUAAAUUAAAGAGAGAAGCCGAACUAUUUGGUGAGAAAUUUGACAAUGUGCCCGCUGAAGAAGAAGAAACUCAAGAAGAAACUCCGGUUGAAAAAGAACAUGAAGAUGUCACCAAAUUCAAAGCCAAGAAAUCUAAGGCUGCAGCUAAAAAGGGCCGUGGUAAAUACCAAUUCGAGAUUAUGUUACAACUUGGUAUUUCAAGAGAUGAUAUCAUCAAAUUUGCUGAUGCCAAGUAUUGGUUGACUUACUUUCCACCUCUGUGUGAAAGCGAUUGUAGCUCAUUGGGUUCUCGUAUCGACUGGAGACGUUCUUUUGUUACCACUGACGCUAAUCCUUAUUAUGAUGCUUUCAUCAGAUGGCAAAUGAACAAGUUAAAGGCUGCAGGUAAGAUCAAAUUUGGUGAACGUUACACAAUUUACUCUGAAAAAGAUGGCCAAGCCUGUAUGGAUCACGAUAGACAAUCUGGCGAAGGUGUCACACCACAAGAGUAUAUUGGUGUUAAAAUUGAAGCUUUGGAAUUUGCCGAUGAUGCUGCAAAGAUCAUUGAUUCAAGUUCAGACAUUGACAAAUCCAAAAAGUUCUACUUUGUCGCUGCCACUUUGAGACCUGAAACUAUGUACGGUCAAACGUGUUGUUUUGUUUCUCCAACAAUUCAAUACGGUGUAUUCAAUGCUGGUGAUUCUUACUUUAUUACUACUGAACGUGCAUUCAAAAACAUGUCAUAUCAGAAACUAACACCAAAGAGGAGCUUUUAUAAGCCAGUUGUUACUAUCCCAGGUAAGGCUUUUAUUGGUACCAAAAUUCAUGCUCCACAAUCCGUAUAUCCCGAAUUAAGAAUUUUGCCCAUGGAGACUGUUAUUGCCACCAAGGGUACCGGUGUGGUCACAUGUGUUCCAUCUAACUCCCCGGAUGAUUACAUUACCACCAAAGACUUGUUGCAUAAGCCUGAAUAUUACGGAAUCAAACCUGAAUGGAUUGACCAUGAAAUUGUUCCAAUUAUGCGUACUGAAAAGUAUGGUGAUUUAACUGCCAAGGCCAUUGUUGAGGAAAAGAAAAUUCAAUCUCCAAAGGAUAAGAACUUAUUGGCAGAAGCCAAAAAAAUAGCUUACAAGGAAGAUUACUACACGGGUACUAUGAUCUAUGGUCCUUACAAGGGCGAAAAAGUUGAAGUUGCCAAGAACAAGGUUAAGGCUGAUAUGAUUGCCGCCGGUGAAGCUUUCGUCUACAAUGAACCAGAAUCUCAAGUUAUUUCCCGUUCUGGUGAUGACUGCAUUGUUUCUUUGGAGGAUCAAUGGUACGUUGACUAUGGUGAAGAAAACUGGAAGAAGCAAGCUAUUGAAUGUUUGGAAGGUAUGCAAUUAUUUGCUCCUGAAGUCAAAAACGCCUUUGAAGGUGUUUUGGAUUGGUUGAAAAACUGGGCAGUUUGUCGUACCUACGGUUUAGGUACUAGAUUACCUUGGGAUGAAAAAUACUUGGUAGAGUCUUUAUCAGACUCCACUAUUUACCAAUCAUUCUAUACUAUUGCGCAUUUAUUAUUCAAGGAUUACUAUGGUAAGCAAAUCGGGCCGCUAGGAAUUUCAGCCGAUCAAAUGACUGACGAAGUAUUUAAUUACAUUUUCCAACAUUCGGAUGAUGUUAAGAAUACCGAGAUUCCAUUAUCCGCUUUGCAAAAGUUAAGAAGAGAAUUUGAAUAUUUUUACCCAUUAGAUGUCUCCAUUUCUGGUAAGGAUUUGAUUCCAAACCACUUGACUUUUUUCAUCUACACUCAUGUUGCAUUGUUCCCCAAGAAGUUUUGGCCAAAGGGUAUCAGAGCCAAUGGUCAUUUAAUGCUGAACAACGCCAAAAUGUCCAAAUCUACUGGAAAUUUCAUGACUUUGGAGCAGACUGUUGAAAAGUUCGGUGCUGACGCAUCUCGUAUUGCAUUUGCCGAUGCUGGUGAUACUGUUGAAGAUGCAAACUUCGAUGAAUCUAAUGCUAAUGCUGCUAUUUUAAGAUUGUUUAACUUGAAGGAAUGGGCAGAAGAAAUAAUCAAGGACUCUUCUAAUUUGAAGACUGGGGAAAUAACUGACUUCUUUGAUGUUGCAUUUGAACAUGAAAUGAACGCUUUGAUUGAAAAGACGUAUGAGCAAUACACAUUAACUAAUUAUAAGAAUGCUUUGAAAUAUGGUCUUUUCGAUUUCCAAGCUGCUAGAGACUACUAUCGUGAAGCUAGCGGUGUAAUGCAUAAAGAUUUAAUUAACCGCUAUAUUGAAACACAAGCCUUAUUGUUGGCUCCAAUUGUUCCUCAUUUCGCGGAAUACAUCUAUCGCGAAGUUUUAGGCAAACAAGGUUCUGUACAAAAUGCUAAAUUCCCACGUGCUUCUAAACCAAUAGAUAAGGGUGCUUUAGCUGCGUUGGAUUACUUAAGAAACCUACAGAGAAGUAUAAGAGAAGGUGAAGGCCAAGCAUUAAAGAAGAAGAAGGGUAAAUCUGCCGAAAUUGAUGCCUCCAAGCCUGUCAAGUUGACUUUAUUAAUUUCCGAAUCUUUCCCAGAAUGGCAAUCACAAUGUGUUGAAGUUGUUCGCAAAAUGUUUGCUGAACAAACGUUAAAUGACAAUAAAAAGAUCAGAGAGUACGUUGAACCUAAGGAAAUGAAGAGAGCUAUGCCAUUCAUUUCUUUGUUAAAGCAGCGUUUAGCUAACGAAAAGCCAGAAGAUGUUUUUGAAAGAGAAUUGCAAUUUAAUGAAAUUGACACCGUCAAGGUUGCUGCGAAGAACGUUGAAAAGGCUGCACAGGCUUUGAGGAUUGCUGAAUUUAGCGCAAUUUCUUUCCCCUACGGCGCUAAAACUGGUAAGGAUAUCUUUACUGGUAAGCAAGUUGGAAUUCCACCCGUAGCAAAGAUUGUUGAAAACGCUGUUCCAGGUAAUCCAGGUGUUGUUUUUCAAAACAUUUAA